UCAGUAUUUAAACCCACGCACAGCUUCUCACUGGAGAACUUGAUCUUGACCAACACGUUUAGAUCCAUGGGGGAAAAAAAACACUAACAGCUAAACCCAGAUUGAACUGAGUUCUAAAUCCUAAGAGGGUUUCAUCUACAAUCUCUCGGAUAUCUGAGACCUUCAUCAGCCUUUUUGGAACAUUUUUUUUCCCCUUAUUAUUAUUUUUUUCCCUCCACUCUGAGGAUUUAAACCUCAGCCGGUCCCGUGUGGUCGCCCACUCCUUUCCAGAGAGGGUGUAAAGUUAAAGUUGGACCAGAGAUGCGGUCCCUUCUGCUUACUGUGUAUUGCAUCAGCCUGGUUUCCCUCCAGCAGUUGCUGGCUCUGCCGGUUCAGGAGCGUCCCGACAGCAACAGGUUGGACCUCCUCAGCAAGCUCAUUGACCAGAAGCAGGAUAAAGACUCUGCAUCGGGAAGCCAGCCUAACAUCGCCAUCCCGUCUUCAGCCCCCAGCCUGUCCCCAAAAUGGCUGCCCGGUUUCCUUAGAUACCCACCGGCCUCAGGAGUGAGAGCAGCCACUCCAAGCUUGCCAUGGCUCACCAAAGCUUCACAGGUCAAGGGGACGGUGCUGAGAGUUCGUCGCCAUGCCCACUCAGGUUCACGAGGUGGUCAUCACUACCCUCAUCACGCCCAGUUGAUGAGAGUGGGUUGUGUCCUGGGCACAUGCCAAGUGCAGAACCUCAGCCAUCGGCUCUACCAGCUCAUUGGUCAAAGUGGCAGAGAAGACUCGUCCCCCAUUAACCCCAGAAGCCCCCAUAGUUACGGAUGAAUUAGACACCUCCAAACAGCCACAGCAAGUCUUUCUACAUCUCCAUUUAUUUAUCUGUCACUGGUAGUCUUUGCAUUAGAGUUUGAUGUCCAUAACCUUUGUUUAUCCAUCUUAAAAUGGCAAUUAUACUCCUCUUAAAUGACUGCAUAUCGUGCCUCGUUACUUUUUGUGUUGAUUGAUGGAUUUGAAGAUUCCUAAUCCUUUUUGAGAUCCUUAAUUUGAAUUCUCCCACCAUACUGAGAACGUUUGAAAGAUGUUCAAGUUUUUUCAAUUCACCCUCCGCAAUGUUCAAAAGAGGCCAAGAGGCCUCAGUUUGAUGUCUUAAUCCUGUUAAUGUAAGAAUGAAGGCUUGUCUCCAACAUCAUCCAGUGGCCUGGUCUUGUCUGCUAACUGAUCUCCCCAGCGGUGGUUAUCCUGCGGCUCAUUGAUCAAACACUUAAGCCCCUAAUGUGGAUUUCAGCCUGCACUCUGAGCUGGAGCCCUGUCAAAACCAAUGUAUUCCCAAAGACCUUGUAAAUGACCCAAUGAACCCUUUUACCUCAUUUCAAAAUUGCAUGUACAACUUCAGCAUGAACACUGACAUCCCUGGGAUAGUCCAUGAGCUUUCAGCUGAACUGGGAAUUCAUCACUCAGCAGGUCUUUGAGUUUCAGGACCACAGUUUACAUAGUUGCCACAGCACUUUCAUUCUGAGUCAGGAGUUAACCACAAAAACUUCUCACUGAAAAAGAAAAAGAGGAAGGUUCAAAAUCCAGUGUUUUGGAAGGAAUCUGAGUGCCCAAAGGAUCAGUUUCUUUGUUGUAUUACAGUGGCCAGUUGGCAGAUACAGUAGUGAACUUAGGAGCCAUGGAUCAGGACUCUGUUGCACCACUGCAUUUUCCCUGCCAGAGGCCAAGUCUGAAAUAUUAGCCCUUUCACGUGAUUCAUAAGUGCCCCCUGCAAGUCAGGUCUUUGGGUUGACAGCAGUUUAUUAAACCUGGCUUAAUCACUUCAGUCAUAUGUACAGCCACAGCAGGAAAGAGGGGCCCUGAGCCUCCCACGGUCUACACACUCUAAUGCAUAGAGUAAAGAAUAUGGCUUUGGGAUUUUCCAAAGUAACAUUAAUUCUUGGAAACAAAUGUUGCUGUUAAAAUUUGUGAAUAGUAAAACACUCUCAAAUAUAGCUCUUACCCAUGCGGCGCCAAAUGCAACGCAAGUGUCUUUGUGAAUUUCAGACUGACAUAGUUGUCGUAUUCCAGCCAAGCACCCAUGUUGUUUAAAUGACAACUGUACUUGCGCCCAUCUGACUGCCCAUGGACAUGGUCUUAAAUUAGAAAGCUAAAAGCAUUUUUGCCCAAGUAGAGUUCUCUAUAUGGUGGAUUACAAUGACUCUUAAUUAGAAUAUAUAAGAAAGGGUCAACUGCUCCUUGCUUUCCUUAUACAAUACCUAAAAUUUAGCUGGCAGCAAAAGGCACCCUUGGUGUUCACAUGUAAUAUGCUAAAUGAGUUUAGAACAGUCCUGAGGCGACGGCCAAGAGCUCUGCUGUUACAAUGUGGGUUUCUAAUGAGAGACCACAGUGACCAAAAUGUUAGGUGUAAGAAAGCCCAAUUUCAAAUAUGUACUCAAAGUAGCAUUGCACUGUCAAAAAUACAUGCCCUGACAUCUCCUUUUCUCUAUUUAUGUCUGUCUUUGAAAUGGUGGGCAGAUGAUGGACUGAGAAUAACUUAGGUCAAGCUCUUCUCACAAUGCAUGCUAAGAUUUGACAGGCCUUAAACUUUUCCCCCAAAAAAAAAAAAAAAAAAAAAAAAAAAAAAAGGCAACCAAAACUAUAAAACCCAUAUUUUUGGUGAAAAACAUUCUGAUCCAAGAGUAGGAAUACAAGCCAAAAUGUAGGCACACUUUUUGAUUUCUAUGCACAGUCAUUUAGAUUAUUAAUUGUCCAGUCAUAUAAGUAUUUUAUUUAUAAGUCCACAAACAUAAACAUUUUGUAGAUGUAAGAGCAUUAGUUUAAACCCACCAAAAACCUGGCAAUACUUGACAUCAUAUAUCAGUGUGUUCUUCUACAUCUUAAUUGGUGUGUCUUCAUUUUUUUUUGACAUCAUCAACAGUUUCUUUUAUAUAUUUAGUCUCACAGCCCCAUCCUGCCUCUCUUUUUCUCUUCUUCCUCUUUUAUCACAGGGUAAUAAUCAUUGGUUCUUUAGUCCUAAAUCUAAUCUGUUCAACGGCUUGCUGAGGUGACACAUGCCAUUCUCUCAGCUGUAAUGGAGCUAAUCAGUGUCUUAUGACAAAUCAUUAAAAGGCUUUUCAAACGCUGAAAAAUCCUGGUGGAGCUUUCUUCUUUUGAAAAUGUACUAUUUCACACAUAUUGUUUUGUGUGCGCAUGUGUUUGAGCUGAAGUAUGCAGCCUAUCAGGGCGCUUAUCUUCUGUGUUUGAUCUGUGCUCUGGACCACUGCGCUCCCAGUCUUUUUUUGCGCAGGAUGUUUUUUAUGACGUCAAGCAUUGCGUCAUGUCAAGUUGUGUGAGCAAACUGUCGACGACUGCUAAUACCUCCCCAUGGAAACGUGUAGAGCUUUCAAGGCUCAUUAUUGCAGAGGCACUGUUAGUUUUGUACAGUACAGGAAGAUUUCAGCAGGUUUGCUUAUUUUCCAUUUCAAAGUCACAUGAUCUUCUUUAGAGUCACAGGAAAGCACUUUAAUGCAAGCGUGUGUGUUGACAGCUUGAAUUUCACUCAUUGUAAUGAACUUGUGAAAGUUGAACCUGGUUCGUGUAAAUGUUGCAUUUGAGACUGUCUACGAAUGUGUUUGAAAAUGUCAGUGCACUACAUGUGGCAUCAGGAUGACUGAACCUGUGCACCUGUAUAUGUAUCUUUAUCUAUGUCUUUUUAUAUAGAUCUAGAUCUAGAUAUAUUGAUAUAUAUAUAUAUAUAUGUAUACACAUACAUACAUACAUAUAUUUAUAUGCAUGUAUAUAUGUGUGUGUGUAUAUAUAUAUACACACACACAUAUAUACACAUAUUUGUAUAUAUUAAUGUAUUUGUAUAUAUCUAUAUUUAUAUAUGUAUGUAUUCAGUCAAACUAUUUAAAGAAAGGUGUGUAUUUAAGUUUACUUUGUAAGUUAAUAUCUGUGUGUCACCAAAGACAAGAUUAUUUAUCUCAUCUUUUCCACUGCUCCUUAAACAUGACAUAUGGUAGGAAAGGAAGUCUUAACUGUAGUUAAAUUGUUACUGUUUGACCUGUUUGUCCUUUACUCUGUAAAAUAAAGAACUGUACUGUA